AUGGCUCCUCAGUAUAACUCGAGUGGAAGAUCGAGUAGACCCACGGGCGGCACUCAAAGUGAGCGCGAUCCUGCUAAGCAGUCGCAGUCUGAGACUAAUUUGUCAAGUGGUGUUGUGCCCAGCCCGCCACGAGAAGCUGACCAUCCUAACCGCGACUGGCGCGUCAUCCAGCCAGACUCGUCGUAUACGCCACAUCAAGGCCCUUGGAAGGGGCGCAUCAUAACGCCCGGGAUCGUAGGUGCAGUCCUCGCAGCGAAUGAUGACCACUUGGACGAGGAAGUUGCCAAAAAAUCCGAAGUUGUUGUAGCCAACCAGACAAGUGAUGCUCAUACUGGCCGUGGUCGGUCGAGGGAAGAAAUCGGACACCGUAGGACCGCAGGACAUCAAACCGCUGUGCCACAUCACACCAGAUCUGCUACAACUAGCAAUGUCUCUCAGAAUUCCCAUGGUGAGUCCAGCGCAAGAAAAAACUUUAAUCCUCAGCGCGAGACCGGGAUAUCGCUGGAUGGCUUCCCAAGUCGAAGCGUAGAAGAAGGCGGCGUCGGUGGGCUCUUCCACCACGAUAGAGACGAGUUCAAUGACAGCGCUGCAAGUGCCGCUGCCUCCACCUCCACGUCACUGCGGUCAUCUGGUCCAAGUACGGACGAGGUGGUUUACACUGCACAGGCUGUCACCAUCUGUCCCGCACGGGCGGGCCAGCGCCGCCGCGAGGAGGUUGACAUGUCUCUGUUGCCAUCAUUGGCCGCUAUUGACCGCAUGGAUAGGCUUAUUAACGAGACUAUCGGGGUUUGGGAGGACGCUCCCGUUGCGGAGCGGGAGGGCCAGCCUGACUUUCCAACGGUCGAGGAAGUGGAUAAGCAGGUGAACGAGCGUGGCGAUAGAUUGCUGACUGGUAUUAGGGAGAGAACCAUCACUGCCCCAAACCGGGUCCCCAUUGCGCCGUAUACUCGAGUCGCGGAGGGCGACGCUCAGACUAACCCGUCAUCUGACCUAGGAACCCAUCAUACACAGGAGACGCCUCAUCCUUAUGGGAGCCGUACCGACGCAUACCCGAAAGACGGUGAGCAAGCCAAACGAAGACCUCCUUCCCCCACCCCCAGCGAGUCCAGCAUCGCCGAGACGAUAUUCCACGUUCGGCGCCCCACGCCUCCCCCGUCCGAGACCAGAGCCGCGCCAUGGCAGUCCAGCCGAGCAUCCCUACCUAGCCAGCUGUCGCGAGAACGUGCGGCUGGCGGGUCAGAUGGCUUGCAGCGGGGCGGCAUGGGCCCGGCAACUGCGCUUCGUGAUCAGCCGCCGAGUAUCACUGACGCUGAUCUCGACGCCAGGCGAGAGGAUGUACCUGUGAGACUUCCCGAGGAUGUGCCAUCUGUGCUGGUCCCUGGUGGGUGGAUGGGCUUGGGUGGGAGUGUUUCCACUGCGCAGGCAAGUCGUAGGCAGGAUCGUGGUGUCGCUGACGGGAAGCAGGCGGGGAGAGGAGGAUGA